AUGACAACUCCGUUAGUACAAUUGGAAGAUGUUGAUUUGAUGAACCACUACAGUGAUGAAGAUGAAGAAAAUAAAAUGAAUAGCCAUAAUAAACAGCAGCAGCUGCACCAACAACAACAGCAAUUAUUAACCACCGAAGUUGAGAUAAAUACAAUUGGUCUCAACAAAAAGAAACGUAGAAAACCAAAGAAUAGCAACAGCAGUAAAACACAAAAACCAAAACAACAGCAACACGAACCUAUGCUCUUAUCACUGAAAGACGACGACGAUGAAGAUGACACAGUUGGCGUCAAUGACAGUGGUAUGGGAACAACGGUACAGGGAGCUAUUACUCCCGAUAGUGAUGACGGCAAUGAUGAUGACGACGACCCAGAGUAUAGCAACGACGAUGAUGAUGAUGUUGUUGGCGGCAAGUCAUCCAUGGCGUCUAACCUUACCUCAACACAUCAUACAUCCCAUAGCAUAGAUGCAGCCAUACAACAAACGGUAUUAGCUUUCGAUGAACAUGAUUUCUUCAACACCCGCGAUUUAACAAACGAACCACAUUCCUCCACUCUAAUGUUGAAUGGUCAUGCAAAUUCAACCACACUAACAGCCGCAACAAAUGGCAAACAGCAGCAACAACAACUAUUUGCUCCCACAAAUGCAAUGUCGGCUACGCAUCAGUUAAAUACUCUCGACACAAGCAUUAUAACCAUCUCGUCGACAACCUCUCCCUCGGUGAGCAAUGGCGGUGUAAGUAGCCAACGCGAUGACAUUAACGAGAGCAGUCAAAAGCCAAGCAAUCAACAACCGUAUAGUGACAGUCCAUCGCGUUCCGGCUAUGGUUACAGUUCGAAGACACAUUCGCCCGCUUCAAGAUCUAAAUACGCAAUACAACAGCCAACAACAUCCACUGCAGCACCCGUUCGUUUGUUUAGCAGUAAUGUUUUGCCACCGCAUCUACGUCAGGAUUCUAUAAAUUCACACGAUGACACCGAUGAAAUUUGCCUAGUACCCGAUGUUGAUUUUGAAUGCGGAAUAAGCAUAAUGGACCACAGUGGCGGUAGUGAUAAUCGUGAAUCGCAACCGUUGUUGGGUGGUGGGGGAGCUGUUCGGGAUCACUAUGAGGUGGCAUGUAAUACAUUUAUGGAUGAUCCCAGUUUUACAGAGAUUGUUGCCCAAGUGGAAUUUGCCAUUGAGCAUGGUGUUAUGCCGGAGCGUAUUUAUCAAGGCAGCAGUGGAUCAUAUUUUGUUAAAAAUGCCUCGGGGAAAAUCUUGGCUGUUUUCAAACCCAAAGAUGAAGAACCCUAUGGACGCCUUAAUCCCAAAUGGACCAAAUGGAUGCAUAAAUUAUGUUGUCCAUGUUGUUUUGGUCGUGCCUGUUUAAUACCAAAUCAGGGUUACCUUUCGGAAGCCGGUGCAAGUUUAGUCGAUCGCAAAUUGAAUUUAAAUGUUGUGCCAAAGACCAGAGUUGUACGAUUGGUAGCGGAAACUUUCAAUUAUGCACGCAUCGAUCGACAAAAAGCCAAAUUAAAGAGAAGGAUCAAGGAACACUAUCCCUCAGCUAAAUUCAACCGUAUGAGUUUACCCUUAAAGACUGGUUCAUUUCAAACCUUUGUAGAAGGCUACAAAGAUGCCGACUAUUGGCUAAGACGUUUCGAACAAGAACCACUUUCUGAGGCCUUAGCUAAAUCAUUUCAAUUGCAAUUCGAACGUUUAGUUGUCUUAGAUUAUAUUAUACGUAAUACAGAUCGUGGCAAUGACAAUUGGUUAAUCAAAUAUGUUCAACCGAAAAUUACAAAGAAAGUGAAUGGUACGGGUGGCAAAUCAUUGUUUUCCGGUAACGCCACCACCACCACAUCGUCAUCAUCGAAUGAAGUGAAAACAGCCAACAUUAUUAAUACCGAUCCCAUUGAUACACAAACACCAGCUACAACAAAUAACAACAUUGAACAAAAUAAAAAUGCCAGCGGCCAAUUGGUUGAUAUCCAAUCUGGUUCGCUGCAUAGCACCUCAACGACAAAUAGUUCAUCGUCUGUAUCGUCGUCGGCUGGUGAGGGUGAUCCGAAACAGACACGGAAACAACCAACCACAGAACGUAACGAAUGGAGUGUGGUAGAUGCUCCGGAAAUUAAAAUAGCAGCCAUCGAUAAUGGUUUAGCGUUUCCCUUUAAACAUCCCGAUUCAUGGCGUGCCUAUCCCUAUCACUGGGCAUGGUUGCCACAGGCUAAAGUGCCAUUUAGCGAAGAAAUAAAACAAUUAGUACUGCCGCAAUUAUCGGAUAUGAAUUUUGUUGAAGAAUUGUGUACGGAUUUGUAUUAUCUGUUUCAGCAGGAUAAGGGAUUCGAUAAACGUCUAUUCGAACGACAAAUGUCAGUGAUGCGUGGACAGAUUUUGAAUUUAACACAGGCCCUGAAGGAUGGCAAAUCACCGGUUCAAUUGGUGCAAAUGCCUGCCGUUGUUAUUGAAAGAUCCCGUGCAUCACGUGGCUUUUUCUCCUUUACACAGCGCUUCCAAAAUAAAAGUCCCUUUUUCUCUUGGUGCUAACAUUUCUGUUCUAAAUCCCAAACAACAAAUAACAACACUUCAA